AUGUCGGCCAAGAGGGCAGAACCGAAGAAAGCAAACCUGAGCGAGACCUACAAGGCAAUUUGCUUGGAAUUGAAGCCAGAGCCGACCAUAUUAAGAAGCGUUUUUGAGGCCAUGCCACCAGCCAGGCCUGAGAUCCGUGGGGAGGUGAUCUGGAGUCAGGGGUCAAUCGCUAUUUCUGGCAGCCAAGACCUGUCCCAGACAUGUACCUACAAAGGAGUUAAACAAGAAGGGCUGCCCACCAAAACAGGAGUGACACGGGAACUAAAGAAUGAACUUAGGGAGGUGAGGGAAGAGCUCCAGGAAAAAAUGGAGGAGAUAAAACAGAUAAAGACUAUAAUGGACAGGGAUUUUGACAAGCUUCAUGAAUUCGUGGAAAUUAUGAAGGAAAUGCAGAAAGAUAUGGAUGAGAAGAUGGAUGUUUUAAUCAACAUACAGAAGAAUAACCAGCAUCCCCUUAGAAAAGGACCAAAGGAGGAGCUGCAGGAACUUGGGCUGAUGGGAAAGAGUAACACAGACCCACAGCUCAGGCUCAAGAAAAUGGAUGGAGCUGAUGGAGCACCCUCUGCCCUUCCCAAGAAAACAUUGGCAUCACAAAAACCAAAGAAAGAACCACUGGAUCCCCGUCAUCCAUGUAGGACCUGCUGUGAGAAAUGUUUGUUGUGUGCCCUAAAGAACAACUACAAUCAAGCUGUUCCCCUAAAGGAAGCCAGUUGCCCCCUGGCAGCCAAUUCUUCUGAGCCUUCUGCAGCUCUCAUUCUUCUGAGUUAGUUUCUGCCUUUGAGCCUGGUGAUGAAUCCUCCAGCUUGGAUUCCCCAGCUUCCUUGA